AUGUGGAAAGAUUUCAAAGCUGAAACCACAGCGGUUUGGUUUAGUGUCACUUAGCAGGUGAACUGGUCCUCCCAUCGAUUGAGGCUGGUAAAAUGGUUGUACUGGGCAGCAGACACCUUCCUCUGUGCUGCAGUCUUCUUCUUUGUCUUCUGCUGGGUUGUGUUCCCACUGAGGGCAUCAUAGCCACAGUGGGAACAGACGCAACUUUGUUGUGCAACUACGAUGCCAAGUACUACGGCAAGCUUCCUGUUUGCUGGGGCCGCGGAGCCAUCCCCAACAGUGGCUGUGCCAAUGAGGUGAUCAAGUCAGAUGGGAGGACAGUGGUCCACAGGCUGACAGAGCGCUACCUGCUCAUGGGUAAUCAGGGUGCGGGCGAUGUGUCGCUGACCAUCAGGCAGGUGGAAGAGAGCGACUCAGGGACGUACGGCUGCCGUGUGGAUAUACCGGGCUGGUUCAAUGAUCACAAACACCAGGUGACCCUGACUGUGGUGGCAGUACGCCCUGACCCCCUGAUGGUGCAGACGAGGGAGGUGAAGGAGAGGUCGGUUACUAUUCGCUGGAAUCCUGUGUUUGAUGGAGGCAGACCCAUCACGUCCUACAUGGUUGAUUUGAAAAACAAACAAACAUCCUGGGACACUGGAGUGAGGACUGAAAUCUCGAAUCCUGAACUGACCCAGGUGACUUUGGUGGAUUUGCGUCCGGCCAAGUCCUACAACAUCCGUAUGUUUGUUGUUAACAGCAUAGGCAUGAGCGAGGCCAGCAACGUUCUGACAAUCACAACAAAAGAAGCAGCACCAGAGGGUACGCCCCUGGAUAUGCGAAUUGAGGCCCUCACCUCUCACAGUAUCAAAGUGACGUGGAAGCCUCCGAGCGCUGAUCUCAGAAACGGGGUGCUGCAGAGCUACAGCGUCAGCUACAGAGAGUACGACCCUGCAGGCAGACAGUAUAAGAGGUGGCAGCACCAGAGUGUGACGGCCACACAGGAACUGGAGAGCCUCAUCCUGAGCAACCUGAAGCCUUCCACCAAGUACGGCGUGAUUAUUCAGGCCAAAACCAAAGCAGGAAUCGGACCUGCCUCAACUGCACCCCUCUGCAGCACUCUGGAUGAAGUUCAUACAACUUCAGAAGUUGUAACUGUGACGCCCACUUCAACUGAUACCACGAUGCAGAAAGAAGAGACUUCAAGAUUUACUACAGCAGUGGAGUCUGUUACUGAUGCCAUAGACUGGGAACAAAGCACCUCAAGCUUCACUUCAGUUCAUACAACUUCAGAAGUUGUAACUGUGACGCCCACUUCUACUGAUACCACGAUGCAGAGACAAGAGACUUCAAGUUUUACUACAGCAGUGGAGUCUGUUACUGAUGCCAUAGACUGGGAACAAAGCACCUCAAGCUUCACUUCAGUUCAUACAACUUCAGAAGUUGUAACUGUGACGCCCACUUCUACUGAUACCACAAUGCAGAGAGAAGAGACUUCAAGUUUUACUACAGCAGUGGAGUCUGUUACUGAUGCCAUAGACUGGGAUCAAAGCACCUCAAGCUUCACUUCAGUGCCCCCGGAUCCCCCGGUAGUCGAGUUAAAAGAGGUCAUAGACACUUCAAUUUCCCUUUGCUGGACUCCCGGCUUCGAAGGUGACAGCCCGAUUACAGGUUAUUACUUGGAGUAUAAAGCACUGAAUGCAUCAUGGGAUUACACAAAGGCAGUUGUAGACUUCAGCCCUAACCAGACAGAGGCCACAAUUAUAGAGAUAAAUCCCUCAACUUACAACAUCCGCAUGUUUGCCAAGAACAGUCUGGGCACCAGCAAAGCCAGCAACGUCCUGACCAUCACUACUGGAAGAACAGGUCAUCAGAAGAUUGAUACUGCUACCACCGUAUCCUCUGAGCUUGUAUCAUCUGAACCCUUAUCACCCGAUGCUGCUGCGAGUGUCAACGGGAGUCAUAAUGGUCACCUCGCUGCCAUCGUUAUGUCGGUGGUCCUGGUGGUGUUGAUUGUUGCCAUAGUAACCACGUGGCAAAUUCGAAGGGUAAGACAGAAAGAAGGCAGCCUGAGCCUGUGGGAGAGCAAUUUACCACUUCGUUUAAGAGAUUCUGAGUCACUGCAGGAGCUGUAAAACUCACAGCUACUCUACACUCCAGCCUAUUGUGUCGUUACAAUACUCACAAAUAAUGAAUUUUGUAAAAGGAGUUGUUUUUGUUAUGUCGUUGAUGAAAGAUUUUGUCCGACUUCAGCUGUCUGUUGAUUCAAAUGCCCCCAAAAAACAUCUAUACUUAAAUAUACUGUAAAAACGUACUAAAGAAGCUGUAAUCACAACAAGGUGUUUUAUUUUAUUAUGAUAAUAUGUGUGAUGGGAUGGUACCUCAUCUUUGCUAUAUUCUUUUAUACUAAUAAACUUUUACACUGUCCAUGUAAACUUUAUUCUACUGUUGUUUACUUUGUAGAGUUUUGUGUCAUAGUUCAACCAUUACCAGGCAUU